GCGGACUAGAAACAGGUAUGGUGGAUAAUGUGCUGCUUCUACCAAAACUAGUCCAUCGAUAUUAAAUUUGGCCUAAAAAAGUGAACAUAAAUAAAUUGACCUCAGUUUACGCUCAAGCGAGGGUGAAAAGGUUAUGUUGCAUACAACUGAAGCCCCGUCGUUAAAAAGCACACCGUUUGGAUGUGUUGAUAUGCGUACGCCCGAAGCAAGUAAGAUAAGUUCGUCGACCGAUCCCAGUUUGUUGGGACGCGAUUCCGGCUGCGGCCUCCCGCUCAUCUGCCGUCCUGAGCAGAAGGCUCCGGUGAGCUCUACCAGAGCCGAGACCUUGACAGGCCCCGGCCAACGCCGCCGCAAAAAGUGAAAGUCGCAGCAUGUCUCUGAUGUUCGGCUGGUCCCUGGCUGACCCCUGGCUGCCGGACGUCGCCUGCGGGCUCCGGCAGUGACCUGACCGCUGCCGGCGACCCCCGCCAGAUCGUCGAACCGGCCCCUGCCCCCCGCCCCGACGGGAUCGGCGGCGACCGCCGCUGAGUGCCGCGCUGCAGCCGGCCGCAGCGCGCUUGCGCGAACCCUAUUUAAGCCGGCCGCGAGCUAACUCGGCCUAGUCUUGCAGCAAACAUGCAGCUGGCUGCGGCUCUGGUGGUUCUCCUGGCCGUCUCGGCCAACGGCCUCCGUGUGAAACGGCAAGACGCCGAGGCCACCGAAGAUGAGGCGGUCCAGGCCAUCUGCCUGGGCAAGGGGCCCGGCGAAUGGUUCCGCCUGAACGCCGGUAGCGCCUCGUGCAAUGUGGUCGUGCAGUGCACCUCUGCGGGUCUCCAGCAGAUCAAGUGCCCGCACGGGUUGGCGUUCGACCUGAACAAGCAGGCGUGCGACUGGAAGGACACCGUGAGCGACUGCGACCAGACGCAGCGGCCCAAGCUGGUGCUGCCGCGCAUCAACACCGACGAGCCACUGUGCGCCACCCAGGACGAGCUCGCCUGCGGAGACAGCACCUGCAUCGCACGCAGCCUCUUCUGCGACGGCAAGCCCGACUGCGCCGACUCGUCGGACGAGAACAUCUGCGAUGCCGAGAGCGAUCCGAACCGGGCGCCGCCGUGCGACCCGGCCCAGUGCCAGCUGCCCUCAUGCUUCUGCUCCGAGACCGGCAACCAGAUCCCGGGCGGCCUGGCACCUGAACAGGUGCCUCAGAUGAUCAUGAUCACCUUCAACGGCGCCAUCAACAACAACAACAUUGACCUGUUCGACGACCUCUUCAGUCCGUCGCGCCUCAACCCGAACGGCUGCCCGAUGAAGGGAACAUUCUUCGUCUCUCACAAGUACACCAACUACACGGCCGUGCAGGAUCUGCACAACCGCGGCCACGAGAUCGGCGUGUUCUCCAUCACGCAGAACGACACGGCCAACUACUGGACCAACGCCAGCACGGAGGAGUGGGCGCGUGAGAUGGCUGGACAGCGCUACAUCAUCGAGCAGUUCGCCGGCAUCGCGGACAACUCCGUGGUCGGCAUGCGCACUCCGUACCUGCGCGUCGGAGGCAACAACCAGUUCUCCAUGAUGGACGACCAGACGUUCCUGUACGACUCGACCAUCACUGCGCCGCUGGGGGACCUGCCGAUCUGGCCGUACACGCUGCUCAACAAGAUGCCGCACCCGUGCCACGGGAAUGCGCAGAAGUGCCCCACGCGUGCCUUCCCCGUCUGGGAAAUGGUCAUGAACGAAUUAGAUCGUCGCGAAGAUCCUCGCAUUGACGACAACCUUCCUGGGUGCGCUCAGGUCGAUUCCUGCUCCAACAUCCUGAACGGUGAGCAGUUCUACAACUUCCUCAACCACAACUUCGAUCGCCACUAUCUGACCAACCGCGCCCCGCUCAGUCUCAACUUCCACUCAGCCUGGCUGAAGAAGGGCGACUUCCUCGACUAUCUCCUCAGGUGGAUCGAGGAUAUCCAGAUCAGUGUCACCGACGUCUACUUUGUGACCAUGACCCAGGUCAUCGAGUGGAUGCAGGAGCCGCUGGAUGUCCAGCAGACCAAGACGUUCGCCAGCUGGCUGACCAAGUGCGACGAGUCCACCGGCUUCGAGUGCACCAAGCCCGGCGGCUCCAACUGCGCGCUGCACACGGACGGCGUCGCUGGCACUUUCAACAUGCAGACCUGCAAGAGGUGCCCACCGAACUUCCCCUGGCUGAAUGACCCGAGUGGCAAAGGCUACUUCUAGAUAGUCUUUUUGUCUCAUUUCGACGGCGCCAGCAUAACCCGCUCGGUCCGUAAAAUGUCAUUGUUUCAAGUAUUUCUAGCAACCACGCAGCGCGCAAAGCGUACCUAAGUGUCUCCAUGCCCGAUGUGGUCUCAUAACCAAACUCAAUUCGCAUUUCACACACCAUUCAGUUAAAAGAUCGCCUAAUCAACAGGUGGUGCGACUAUCUAUACGCCAAUGGAACAUUCUUGAGUUCAGGCUGGCGCCUAGGGUGUCCAAUAUGACAGGGACCAUAAUGCAUGAUGGGAAGACGCAACCAAAUCAGUGCUGCGAUAUAUUGCCACAUCUUGUUGAUUCAUUGUUGCCGAGUACAAAUGCACGAUACGAGGUCGUGUUUUGCAUUUUGGCAGCGGUAUGGUGCGACAUAACAUUGCUGUGAUUGGAAUGGUGACUGUGCUGAUGCUACAAUCACGCCAUGUGUAGUUGGAGUGAUCGACUGUAGGACGAACAAUACAGGGCAGGCCGUACUGCCGUCAUUUUCACUGAAA